UUUUUAAUUAAAACAUUAAUACAGAAUUAUCAUACUUCAAGAUUGCAUAACUUUAAUUAUAAUCGAGCAAAUUUCACAGUCAGGCAAUUACGUCAUCUAAAAUUGUAAAGAUGAAACUAGGUGGGUGAAUAAAUUCUGUUUUUAUUGAUUUUGUUCAGAAGAACGGAUAAUGAAUACGUGCGUUCAAGAGGUAACUUAUGUUUUACGGUGCUUUGAAAAUUUAAUUCAUAUUAAAGGCUAUUAAUAUUCACAGUAUCUAGUGUCUUAUCUAAAUUAAUUUUUGUAAGGGCCCAUAUGUUGUCCCACCCACCUAAUUUCUUACCCGUAACCCGUACAAAAAACUGUGUUCAGUAAAUACUAAGUAUCCAAAAUAUGAAAUGAAUCUCGCGUCCUUCUGAAAACCGCGUAUCUUAUAAGAACUUGUAACGCGUUUUUCAUGUAGCCCGUAACUUGGCCGUUUGGGAAGCUCCACAGUCCGUGUGUAGGUGAUGGCAAGAUUCUGUUACAGGGAGGCGUGCCACGAGGCUUGGACCAAUAUUCGAUACUCACCGAUGUUCGGAUGUAUUUGUCCAAACAACCAUAUGAAGAAAAGAUGCGAUCGUGUGUUCACAUUGGUAAACCACAACCCGUGCAUAGGUAGCGGACCAAAGCCAGAGGAGAAUGCCUCAAUGACAUUUCAGAGUACGUGCAACCAAGCUCUGGAGCUGUGCAACAACAACUUUGAGUGCCGAUCGGCGCUAAAGCCGGUGUUACAGUUUUGUAACAUCACCAAGUGCAAGCGCCAAAACUGCAUGGAGGCACUGCAGACCCUCUACCGCACCGUUGACCUCACCUGGAGUCUGGAAAUAGCAUUCUGCCUCUGCAAGAAGACGAAGAACAAUCAGGAUGAGUGCCUGCUCGCCCAGGAGGUGCUGCAUCCCGUGUGUGCCCAGCAGGUCGAGGGGUCUGUCGUGCCGACGUGCCACAGCCUGGCUGAGUACUGCAGAGAUGACGAUACGUGCAAGGUGAGGCUCGAGAACUACGAGCAGUCUUGUGCAGUGGACAGCGUGACGAAGCAGUGUGCCGGGUCGCCAGGGGAGUGCCGCAAAGCCAUGUUAGGGAUUCUGGGAACAGCACUCAGAUCCAAUUGUGCCUGCAAAGGCACUGAUUUCUCACAACUGUACGAUUGCAUGGGCUGGCAACGGGUACUCUGGUUCAAUCCCUGUGUCGUUGACUCUCAGCGAGAAUUUCACACGAAGAAAAUGAAGCAACACAGCUAUUCCGCCCCAACCACCGCGGUCGGUUUGGCGGUGACAACGACCACCACUACCACCCCUGCUCCCACCACCACCUCCACCACCACCCGGACCACCCCGAGGACCACGCAGACCACCAUGCUGUCUACGACCACCUCCACCACUCCUCCUACGACGACGACCCCUCUGACGAGGCCACCCACCACACCGACCACCACGACGACCACGACCACGACAACGGUGGCCACGACCACCUCCAGCACCACGAUGACCACCACACAAACAACAACUGUGGAGACCACUACACAGUACAUGACCACAGAGACCACUCUGCCUCCACGUUUCUGUGUGGUGCAGCGACCACAUCAGCUAGAUCAAUACAUAUCUGAGGGUGAGGGCAAGAGGGUAAGUAGCAAUCGCAAUAAUCGCUCUCUCUCUCUCAGUAGGAGUUACAAGUUACAACUUAACUUCCGACCAAGAGAGACGUCAAAGUUUUAUUGA